CACGAUAGGGCCCCCUUCUGUUUCUCAGAGAAGCCCGAAACCAAUUUUCCCCUAUCUUUGAUUCUUCGUUUCUCCCUCGUUCGGACUCCAAAUCAGGUGCCGUUUGAUCCCAGACGCUCGUAUUCUCGUCCUCUUUCUUCUCAUGACAAGAUUACAUGAUUAUAUGGUCACAAACUGGGGUAGAAAUCCCUUCUUCUUCAAGUCAUACCCGAGUUUCUUCCCCCGAGUGGCCAAUUGAUCUCCGAUUGACUUGAAACUUGCGCCUACGCUUCACUUUAUGUGCUAGGACCUGAAAUGUGACAAAGGAACACAACCUAGCGUAAAAUAGGCCAAAGAAGCAAUAAUGCAAGCUUAAACGAUCAAGAAACAAAAGGGAAAACAUGUGCAAAUAUCGAGUCAUCAAUCUACUAGUUAAUGUAGGUGCAUUCACAUAUCCUGUUUAUUUUGUUAUUCUUGAUGUACAUGAGGAUGUGGAUGUGCCUUUGAUUCUAGGUAGACCAUUUCUUGCCACCGCCAAGGCACUUAUUGAUGUGCAUGAUGGUAAACUGAUCUUGCGUGCUGCGAACGAACAGGCUACUUUCUCUGUGACUGAAUUCGAUCACUGUGCUAUGCUUGCUGUCACGCCUGUACAUGCCAUUUCUGAUCAGGUACAAGAACCUGUCGUGUAUCCUUCUGCACCUCUCAUUUUGCAGGACCCUCCUAUCAUUCCUUCGUCGCCACUCCAUCCAACCUCGCCUCCGAACAAAAAGAUCCAGGAGGAGUGGCAGCCGAAGCAGCAGGUUGCUAAGCCUGCACGGAAGAAGGGUGGAGACCACUACGAGCUGGUUCCACCUCCUGCACCACGACCACCCUGGCCGUCCGGGUACUCACUCGCCUGCAUCUUGCCGGAUGGCCAGGUCGAGCUGACCGAUGAUGGUGGUCGCAUCCGUCGGGUGCAUGGCCACAACCUAAAGCUGUACCUCAAGGGCGACGUGGAUCCGCUCUUGGAGGCACCUGUUCAUGCACCUCCCUGAGUAUCCACCAUGGGCAUCCAGCUAAAAGACGGUAAAGAAGCGCUUGUGGGGAGGCAACCCCACCACGGUUUGACUUUCUUUCUUGUGUUUUGAGUCGGAUUGUAAAUCGGUUUGGUUUUGGUUUGUUUUUUUGUUUUGGAUGAUGUAUUAUUGGGCUGACCAUUGGACCUAACAUAUUGUGUUUGAGCUCUUUGGUUUCCUUUAGCUGUGCUUCUCUUGACUGGUCCUCUCUCCAGUCCGCUUCACUCUGACUGGUCCGCUUCCAGUCUCCUGCAGUCCGUGCAUACUGGUAACAUCGUUCCCCUUUCCCUUCCCUCUUCUCCAUUGAGAGCAAUGUCGAUCUUAAGUGUGGGGGGGAUGUUUAUCUUUUGACUGCAUUAGAUCUGUUUGUGUGCUUGGAGCCUAGUCCACUGUCCAAAUUUUUAAAUUUAAAUUUGAGGGCUCCAAGUACGUGUUCCUUGCAAUUGCCUGCUCAGUAUGCUUUGAAUUGACAGUCUUUAUAGUAAUAUGCAGCCUAGGGAGGUAGUGUAGCACUAUGGAGGAUGUUGAUGCAUUUAAGAAGUCUCAUUGCUCCUUCAUAUUGUGUUGGUUGAUUGAGUGAAUUAGUGAUCUUAGGACCCCUGAAUUGUGUGGUGUUGUGGACUCUCUACCUGUCAUGGACUCUUGUUUCAGGUUUUGAGUUUAACAGGUGCUCGAAAAUGUGCUUUAAAAUAACGUCUCCCGUGCGAAUAGGGCGAAAGUGUGUAAGGGGAGACGGUAAUUCGUUUCCAAUUUCCACCUACUACCUCCAGCCCCCUUACAUGUCUUUCCCCCGCACGAGGCUCGAGACAUCCGUUCCUGGCAUGGCAGGUAAGAGCCGGGCUCCCGCAAAACCUCUGCUAGGUGGGAGCCCCCUUUUUCUGAAAAGCAGGUUGGGACCCUUGAAAAAAAGUAAAGAAAAAAU